CCGGCGCCGCAGCCGGCAAGCAGCAGCGAGUCUGCGGGCCAUGGAGGGGCGGUCGAGCUCGCCUCUUCGGCGCUGGCUGCUGUUGCUGCUUCUGCCACCAGUGCUGGGCCGCCAGAAGGAGUCAGGUUCAAAAUGGAAGGUAUUUAUUGACCAAAUUGACAGGUCUUUGGAGAAUUAUGAACCAUGUUCAAGUCAAAACUGCAGCUGCUACCAUGGUGUCAUAGAAGAGGCUCUGACUACUUUCCGAGGAGGUAUCUCCAGGAAGAUGAUGACAGAGGUAGUCAGACGGAAGCUAGGGACCCACUAUCAGAUCAUUAAGAACAGAUUAUACCGAGAGAAUGACUGCAUGUUUCCCUCGAGGUGUAGUGGUGUUGAACACUUUAUUUUGGAAGUUAUCGGGCGCCUCCCUGACAUGGAGAUGGUGAUCAAUGUACGAGAUUAUCCUCAGGUUCCUAAAUGGAUGGAGCCUGCCAUCCCAGUCUUCUCCUUCAGUAAGACAUCAGAGUACCAUGAUAUCAUGUAUCCUGCUUGGACAUUUUGGGAAGGGGGACCUGCUGUUUGGCCAAUUUAUCCUACAGGUCUUGGACGGUGGGACCUCUUCAGAGAAGAUCUGGUAAGGUCAGCAGCACAGUGGCCAUGGAAAAAGAAAAAUUCUACAGCAUAUUUCCGAGGAUCGAGGACAAGUCCAGAACGAGAUCCUCUCAUUCUUCUAUCUCGGAAAAAUCCAAAACUUGUUGAUGCAGAAUACACCAAGAACCAGGCCUGGAAAUCUAUGAAAGAUACCCUGGGAAAACCAGCUGCAAAGGAUGUCCAUCUUGUGGAUCACUGCAAAUACAAGUAUCUGUUUAAUUUUCGGGGUGUUGCUGCAAGUUUCCGGUUCAAACACCUCUUCCUGUGUGGUUCACUUGUUUUCCAUGUUGGUGACGAGUGGCUGGAAUUCUUCUAUCCACAACUGAAACCAUGGGUUCACUACAUCCCAGUCAAAACAGAUCUUUCGAAUGUGCAGGAGCUUUUGCAAUUUGUAAAAGCAAAUGAUGAUGUAGCCCAAGAAAUUGCUGAAAGGGGAAGCCAGUUUAUUAUGAACCACUUGCAGAUGGAUGACAUCAUCUGUUACUGGGAGAACCUCUUGACUGAAUACUCUAAAUUCCUGUCCUAUAAUGUAACAAGAAGAAAAGGCUAUGAUCAGAUUAUUCCCAAAAUUUUGAAAACUGAACUCUAGAAGUCAUCAUAGGACCAUAGUCCUCUCUGUGGCAGCAGAUCUCAGAUAUCCUGUGGUGAGAAGUUUAUCAUGAGCAUGGCACCUAUACCUUGAAUACCUUUCAUCAAGCCAAAUAUCUGAUUUUCCUUAUCAUGCUGCACCCAGAGCAACUCUUGAGAAAGAUCCAAAAUGUGUAUAAUACACAGAUAUGAAGCAGCUCAACUCUUUGGCUGAAUAAGGACCUGAAAUUAUGAGAUGUGGAUUUUGAACCUGAUUCUACCUUUCAUUUUCUUAGGACCAGUCACAGCUUGUGCCUCAAAUCAUCCACAUGUGUAUGUUAAUCACUGUGAAACUGACUGUGCCCAUGUGAUGAUACCCUUUGUCCCAAUAUUUGGAGCAGAUAAUUCAUCAUUUGAAACUGCAACAACUCACCACCGCAAUUCUGAAGUUACUCUAGGCUUGAUCUGUUUCUUUACUUUAAUGUAUGAAACCCUAUCGGGUUUGUGAAAAAUAUUUGGGGAUCAUUUCCUGAAACGUAUAAGGAAGCAAUAGCUGUGUCAUGCAGUGAUAUAGGAGUUCUCUUUUGUAAAAGCAUAAACUCUUUGUUACUCAGGAGGUUUCUGUAAUGCCUCAGAGAAAGGGGCCAAUUGCAUGAGUAAUUAUUGCAAUUGGAUUUCAUGUUCCCUUUUUGUGCCUUCAUGCCCUUCUUUUUAUAGUCACUCUAAAGGAAAAACAAACAAAAACCUCUUAAUAAAUUUAGGAAGUAAUCCUCUUUAAAGGAACUGUACGUAACUGUACACAAAGGAACAGCAAUUCUUCCUCACUCUUUGCACAGCCUUAAUAUUUUUCCUUUUUAAAUUGGCAGCAGCAGGAGUCGUCCACACUCUCAAUGUCUCGCAGGGACCAUGAGGAGUCUUCAUAUGCGAAUAUGUCAUUAAGUUGGUAAUUUAGAGCAUUCAACUUUAAUGCUUACUUAUAUAGGAGAUACUUGUUUUAGUGCAAAUCCAUGCUGGAGUGCCUCCUUCUUCCUUUUUUCCCUUUUUGAAAGAGACAUUUGAUUGGUAGUUUAAUGUCUCAGGUUGUUCUCCCUAACAUAGUCAAAAAUGAAGAAAAAUGUUUAGAUUAAAGUGUAGUCUAGCCACUUCGAACAAUCUCGUCCCUUAGGCCCAGCCUUUUCACAGAGAAAUCAACUCUGUCCUUUGUCUCUUAACUGUUUGGUAUUGUUUCAAAAUUAGUAAACGUGAUAUUCAGUCACAUAAAAAGAGAUUUUAUUCCAUUUUUCAAAAUAUAUUUGGCCUUUUUAACUCCCACAAAAUUUUAAGUCUAAGGUCUUUCUUAGAGAAGUUGAACAUCCCUUAUAAGAUCAUGGCAUGGAGUAAGGCAGACACCUGUGUAAAGUGUCUUUCUUUUUUUUGGAGUACUAACGAUUUACAGGUACCAUGUCCUUAGGUGCUAUGAGUCUAGCAAUAGGCAGUUCAGAUUUCCAAGUUGUGCUGUGGUUUUGCCUUGUCUCUCUGAGGCCCUACUAGGUGUAAUCACUCUCUUUGUAUUUACAUAUUUCUCUAAAAUGGGAACAAAAUUUGCUGUCCUUUGAUUAGGAACCGAAGUUUUAUUUUCAUGGGAAUGUUUCCCAUUUUGCUUCAGAGUUGCAGCUCAAACAUCACCUUCUCUUUCUCCGAAUCUUUUCUUUCGUUCCUCUAGGCAGUUAGGGGUUACUAUAACACUUUGCUCAUGGCUGUAUUAUAUGACAUCACAUUGCACUGUACUUAACUGUUUCAGUGAGCUUAUUGAUGGGUAGGAACCAUGUACUCAUCUUGAUGUCUCUCUUAUUCAGCACAGUGCCUAGCAAAGAGUAAACUAAAGAACUGUUGCUGGGUAGGUGGGUGGGCGGAUGGAUGGAUGGAGAUGGUUGGCUUAACUAGAUCCUAUUUAGAGAUUGCCUGGGCCUUGGUUCCAAGGGGGAUUGAAUAAGACUGUAAGAAUUGGAUUAAUGCAAAUCCUCACGUGCCCUUUGAAGAGUCAGUAAGUUUAUCUUUGUCUUUAAAUAUAGCAAAUAUUAUUUAGAUCUUAUAUUUGUUUAUCUCUUUACCUCAGUGUAGAUUGUACAAAGAAUGGUAUGUAAUGAUAUGUAAAAUGUAUGUUUUUGAAAAUAACUUGUAUCCCCACAAAUUUGAA